AGGAAUUGGUUCAGCUGGAAAAAUUACUUACACAUUUUUACUUGAAGAGCACUCUGAAGCAUUAGAAAGUGAUGUUAUUCUUUAUAUGAAACCAGCACAAAAAUCUGCUAUUUCUUAUGUUGUACGAAAUCCAAGUAUCGAUGAAUAUUUUAAAGAUGAUGGCUUACGAAUAGUUUUAUGUUCAUAUGCAAUGCAAGCAUCAACACCUGAAUGGCUAGGUUAUACAAAAUUAGAUGGAGUUCCAUCAGGGGCGGCGGAACGUUUUGAAUCUAGGGUAGGCUCAAUAUUUUUUAUAGGAGCCUUACCGACAGGUUAA